AUGAGCAACAGCCUCAAUACCCCCUACAACCAAUUUGUAAUCCAGUUAAUUGGUUCAACUUUGAGAGAGUUUGGAUUCGAUAAGUUGGCCCAGGAGUUGAAUGAUACCCAGAACCUGCUACUCAACUACAAGUAUACCACGCCGCUGAACCAUCCAGUCACACAACGAGAUGUGGACGGGAUCAAUCAAUUCUACGAGUACAUUUCCAGGGGAGAGUAUUUGGAAUUGGCCAAUGAAUUGGAUAAAGAAUUAGCUUCUGACAUCAUUCAUCGUCCACUGGAACUGCUGUUGUUGAUGGCUAUUGAUGAAGCGGGCGACAGUGGAAGUAAACGUGUUUAUCUUCCAUUGAUUAAAUCAUGUUCCCAUCCUGAAGUAGCCAUUAAAUUGAUCCAGUAUUUACUUAAACGGACAUAUUUCCUUGAGUUGGUUCUACUAUACGUUGUGCAGUCCAAAUCAACGUCAGACUUCCCACAACGUUCUAUUGAAUAUUCAGGUCCCUUCUUACAAGAGGAAGGACCCUUAGAUGCACAGUUCCUUGUAAGUUAUAUUAAGGACAACCUUUUAAGUCAACUUGAAGUGUUUCAUCCACCUACAAAGGGCAACUUACUUUCAAAAUGUAAGAGUUUGUUUCCGCAUGAACUUUUAAGCACUUUGGCUAAAAGUGAAAGCGAAUAUGUGAAGUUAAGUUCUUUGAUACUUAGAUGUGAAUCAAGCUCACUUCUGGAAGUGGUGGACCUCAUCUUCAAUCAAGAUUAUCUUUUAUUGACUAAUACUACUUAUAACAAUACUGUCAAUAUCUUUGACCAAUUGAGAACAAUCCUAAGGAGUAAAUGUCUUCACCAAAUCUUCACUUUUAAUAAACAUUAUAGUCAAUUUUCCAUUCCUGAAGGUUUCAUGUCUCAAAUAAUAGACCAAGCUGUUAAAUAUCAGCAUUACAAAAACCCAUAUUACCUUCCUCCAAGACAGAAGUUAAACAUCGAAUACCCUUUGUUAAUUCCUCCUCCAAUAUUGGAUCCAGCUAAUAGUGAUUCAUUAAAGAGAUCAUUCCCCGAUAAGUUAAUCCAUACUCUUGACCUUCAUACAAAUGAAGUAUGGUUCACAAAGUUUUCUCCUAGUGGAAGGUAUCUUGCAACUGCAUCAGCAGAUGGAAGAGUUAUUCUUUAUAAUGUUCGGAAUGAAUUCAAACAAUUGGCUGUUUUAGAAUCAAAUUCUAAGCUUGAUCAAUCUAGGUUUGUGUCCAAUGAUAUUCCUAACAGUGAAGUGUUUCAACUAUCGUCGACUCCUUCUCAUAUUCUAUAUUGUUGUUGGGAUCCAACUGAAGAGUUUAUUGUCACCGUUGGAUUAAAUACGUUGGUUCGAGUUUGGUACGUGGGAUUGAAGAAGCAUUUGAAUGACACUCCCAAAAGGAUUACCCGUUCAUCCACUCUUAGCACCGAAACAGUCAAUCCCAGGCUUGCAAGUUGCUUUAUUCUUGGACCAAAUAUAAGAGUUUGGACUGCUGAAUUUCUUCCUGCUUCCUCUCAAGCCACGGUUCCUGAGUUUAUUGUUGGAUCUCCUGAUAAAGCACUACGUGCCUUUGACGUGAAUGGUAAAUUAAUAUUUGACUUUUAUGUUGAUACAGAUGAAAAUUCAGAUCUGGCAAUACUUGAAGAGGGAGAUUCAAUGAGUUCUCACGAUUACAAUAACUCUGGAAGAGGCAGUAAUGGUGGAAAUCUGCCACCAACAGAAAGUGCAAACUCGCAUGUCAAGGUAACAAAUCGUAUUUCAUCUCCCAACAGAACCAACAAUAGUGGGGGCUCAAGUCAGCCAAAUUCAUCAUCUGAAGGUAUCAAGUUUAAAGAUGGAGAAUCUGGAGAUUCCAAUGGGUUACUGUCACAAUUUAAUCGAGUUAAUGAUUUAUCAAUUACACCAUGUGGAACGUUUCUUGUUACUAUCACUGCCAAUAAGCAGAUUGACUUUUUCACGCUUCCACAAGAUAUGGAAGAUGCCACUCAAACCACUAGAAAGUUAUUUUCCUUAACAUUAACAGACAGACUUACCCUGUGUUCUAUUUCUCAUAGUGGGAAGUACUUGCUAGUGAAUCUGAAGGAGUUGUAUGUGUGGGAUAUCCUGAAGCUUCCAGAGAAGCCAGUGUUGGUGAGAAGACUAGUGGGUCAUUCUCAAGACAUGAAUAUUGUUAGAUCUCUGUUUGGAUAUUUGUCUGACGAAGGCCAGGGUCCACAAGAGCAAUUGGUUCUCAGUGGAAGCGAACAUGGGAACGUUUACAUUUGGAAGAUCAAGACUGGUGAAUUGAUAUCUCGAGUCAAGGCUCAUUGUGGGUUGUGCAAUAGUGUUGAUUGGAAUCUUUACGGUGAUGUUUUGGACGAGAGCACUGAUAGCGGAAGGUUCUGGUGCAGUGUUGGUGAUGACAAGUUGGUUAAGAUAUGGGGAUGA